ACACCGCUUCAAUUGGCCGCAUAUUGUUCUUUGAACGAUGCUGCAAGCUUAUUACUUCAAAAAGGUGCAGAUAUCAACUCCCCCCCCGCAAAGGACUUCGGUUUCACUGCACUGCAACUGGCCAUUUUUUUGGACCAUAGCGAGAUGAUAGAAGCUUUAUUGAAGUCCGGCGCCAAUAUCAACUCCCCUGCAGCAUCAGAGGUUGGAUUCACGGCUCUCCAGGCGGCCAUUCUCGCCGAUAACAAUGAGUUAGCUCUGAGGCUGUUAAAUGAUGGUGCUGAAAUAGACGCUCCUGCAUCAUCUAGAAGCGGGAAGACCUCGUUACAAGCAGCCGCCUUCAAAGACAACGAUGAACUCAUCCAAGCUUUACUGAGCCGUAACCCCAACAUUAACGCUCCGCCCUCCCGCGAGUACGGUGCAACAGCAUUGCAAUAUGCAUCAAUCAGGGGGAAUUUUGACGUUGUGCUUCAACUCCUUGAGAAAGGAGCAGAUAUAAACGCAGCCCCGUCAGAGCAGGGGGGCCGAACCGCAUUGCAGGGAGCUGCAGAGCAUGGCCGACUUGAUAUCGUGCAUUUGUUGCUAGAGAAUGAUCACAAUGUGGAGUUUCUG